AGGUCCACGAUGGGCUUCCUGGAAUAUUGGUGUGUUUAUUUGCAUCAGAUGUGCUGGAAUUCAUAGAAAUCUUGGGGUUCAUAUAUCCAGGGUCAAAUCAGUCAACCUAGACCAAUGGACACCAGAACAGAUACAGCAGCUGGAAUCCAAAAGAUCUUGAAAGCAGUCCUGAAAGGCUUGCUGCUAUGCAAGAAAUCCUGGUGGCUUUUGAGAGGAAGAUAGAGAAUUAUUCUGGAAAAUGUCCAGUGAUAGUGGAGUGCAUGCAAGAAAUGGGAAAUACUAAAGCAAGACUACUAUAUGAAGCCAAUCUUCCAGAGAAUUUUCGAAGACCACAGACAGAUCAAGCGGUGGAGUUUUUCAUCAGAGAUAAAUAUGAGAAGAAGAAAUACUACGAUAAAAAUGCUAUAGCUGUUACAAAUAGUUCUUCCUCUGAUGCUCCUCUUCAGCCUCUGGUGUCCUCUCCUUCCAUGCAAGCUGCUGUUGAGAAAAACAAACUAGAGAAAGAAAAGGAAAAAAAAAAGGAAGAGAAAAAGAAAGAAAAGGAGCCAGAAAAGCCUGCAAAGCCACUUACCACUGAAAAGAAAAAAGAAGAUCAACAAUUAGAGCCUAAAAAAAGUACCAGCCCUAAAAAAGCUGCAGAACCCACUGUUGAUCUUCUAGGACUUGAUGGUCCUACUGAGGCAGCAGUGACCAAUGGAAACACAGCCACAGUGCCAGCCCUGAAUGACGACCUGGACAUCUUUGGACCGAUGAUUUCUAAUCCCUUACCUGCAACUGUCAUGCCCUCGGCUCAGGGGGCAUCUUCUGUACCAGCAGCUGCAUCCUUGUCUACAGUGACAUCUGGGGAUCUUGAUCUGUUCACCGAGCAAGCUACAAAAUCAGAAGAAGUAGCAAAGAAACAACUUUCUAAAGACUCCAUCCUCUCUCUCUAUGGUACAGGAACCAUUCAACAACAAAGUACUCCUGGUGUGUUUAUGGGACCCACAAAUAUGCCAUUUACCUCACAAGCACCAACUGCAUUUCAAGGUUUUCCAUCAAUGGGUGUACCUGUGCCUGCAGCUCCUGGCCUUAUGGGAAAUGUGAUGGGACAGAGUGCAAGCAUGAUGGUGGGCAUGCCCAUGCCCAAUGGGUUUAUGGGAAAUGCACAAACUGGUGUAAUGUCUCUUCCUCAAAAUGUGGUUGGCCCACAAGCAGGAAUGGUGGGACAGAUGGCUGCACCCCAGAGUAACUUUGGCCUGCCACAAGCGCAGCAGCCUCAGUGGAGCCUCUCACAGAUGAAUCAACAAAUGGCUGGCAUGAGUAUCAGUAGUGCAAACCCUACAUCUGGUUUCGGCCAGCCCCCCAGCACAACAGCAGGAUGGUCUGGGAGCUCUUCGGGUCAGACCCUCAGCACACAACUGUGGAAAUGAAAACUGUAACACAAGUCUCAUCCAGAACUAAUACCUGACAUUCCUUGCUAAAAUGCAUCUAGUUCCUGUUUAGUCCAUGUACAUAUGUAAAUUUUUUUCUUUUUCCCCAUUUGUUCACAUUAAGAAUUAUCUGACUUUGUUGGUCUGUUCUGAUUAAAUUUAAUGUGGUGAAAAGCGGGAUGAAAAACCAUUUUAUGUCCAGGGCAGCUUUACUCAUUUUUCCCAUGAUUUCAUAAACUGCAUUAUUUGAGAAGCUGCUCAGUCAACUCGCAUAAUCAGUUUUACUCUCAAUAAAAUUAUAGCUCUAAUGUUUGCAUAUAAGGGAAGUAGAUAUCAUGUUAGUAAAAUACCUCUAACAGUAUAAACCCUACCCCUAAAUUAGCCAGUAAUCCUGUAGGAAGGUACUGUAUGAUCAAAUGUUUUAAUCAUAUAAAUAGAAUGUAAAUGUAUCACUGAGCACUGUUUUCUAGUGUAUCAAAAUUCUUUUAUUUCAUCAUUUCACUUCACUGUGCUAUUGUUAUGAUGUGCUUAACAGGGAAAAUGGUUAAGUGAAAGGAAGAUAAACCUGGAUGUUACUACAAAACAAUUUAGUGACUGUUUAAAGGAUUCAAAUUUUAUCUGCCUCUUGCAAUUUGGAUCUCUUUAUGUACACAGUGCUAACAAAGAUCUUUUCCUGCACUAUAUGCAAACAGGGUAACUAAAAACAAAGCCACUUUGAACCCUUGAAGGUAUGUCCAGGUUUAUGACAGUAAUUGUGUUUACAUUUUAUGGUGCCUAGUAUUGACAAAAUGUUAUUACCCUAUAUUAAACAGAUGAAUCCCAGGACCUUUUUAUUUGUGGGUUUUAUUUCCUAUGAUGUAAACUGCCACCAGCCUUCCAAAUUUGACUUAAUGUUGCAAAGUCGGGAAAUUUAGUUGACAAAGUACCUGUUGUGUGGUUCUAAAACCUGUUCCAUUCUACCAAUGGUAAGAUCAAAUGGGGAGGAAAAAAAGGAUGGAAUGAUACCUUCCAGUGUCCUUUACCAGUACUGUACAGAAAUAUUCAAACUAAGUUGUAAGGAAUACAUGCAGAACAAAUGAAGACAAAAUUUACAUUUUGUACCACCCAAUUAACUUCUGUUAACUGACAAGCUGUUUGAACAGAUGUCCAUCAGAUGACAAUAAAGGCUGUUGUACUGAAGUAAAA